AUGGCAGGUACUACAUCCGUUUAUCCAAUUGAUCCAGCUCAGCCAACAUAUGAAGCAAAUAAAACACAGAAAAAAUUGAGAGUGUUAAUUGUCAUUGGACUUUUACAUCAACUAAUUAAAAUUUGUCCGUUCCGGUUUGCUUGGCUCGAUCCAAUUCCGUCUCACAAUGAUCGUCAUGGUCUUCAUGAUCGGCGUGGCUGUGAUUGGCGUACUCGCAAUGAUUGGACUCACAACGACUGGCCGACAAGACGAUCGAAAGAAAGUCUAGUAUCAAACGAUUCAGAAAGUUCGCCGAGUGAAACACAGGAAGCAGCCUUCGAAACCGAUUUUGGCGAUGAAAUGGACGCAACCAAUUUCAAUGCUGCUUCUAUUCCGUACGAUAUCAGUGAUUUAUUCUCAUUUUAUCAUGAUGAGAGCACAUACAAAUCGGGUGAAAUAUCAGCAAAACGCUGGAUUAUGAACAAUAAUGCCUCAUUUUACAACAAGGGAAGAGGAAGAAGUGUUAUGUGCUCCGAUUUCUUGGUGAUGCACAAAAGUGGUCUAUUUUUUUCUUUGAAUGACAAAGAAUUCGAAACUGUAUUGGCUGCAUAUCCUGAAUUAAAAGAUAAUUUUGAUAUCAACUACGAAAAAAAUAGUGCAUCAGCAUCAAUAAAUGUUGGAGGGUAG